AUGGGCACACAGAAAGAUAUAAUGUGGAGUUUCCAGAAAACUCCUUUAACCUGUGAAGAGGCACUGUUGAAACCAAUUUUCCUGAUACUGAAUGACUCUUCCAGGGAAAACGAGACGAGAAAGCAUAUAAAGAAUAUUGUGGAUAUAUAUAAAUCAAAUAUUCAUAAAAAAGCAGAGAUUGUGGAGGCAAAAAACUUGCUAUUGAAUUUUUUCAGUAGGUUCAGUAGCAAAAAGAACUUGAAAAAGUAUAUCCAAGACAUUAUUGGGAAGAUGGAAUUAUCAACAUCAAUUAUUAAAUCAACAACAGAAGAAAUUUUAGAGGAUAUCAAUAGUAACCAAAUUUGUAAUAUCAGACAAUGCACAGAUCUCCUCAAUUUUGUGUAUCAUAUGCAGAACUCAACUUGCUUUGAAUAUGAAGUCACCAUUGAGUCUUUGUUUCCAUUAUACUUUAUUCUCUUUGAAGGAUUCAUUCAUCAAGCAGGGUAUGAUUUUGAAAAACUAUCUUUGCCAUCAGAAGAAUUGUUUGCUCUACUUAAUGUUGUUUUGAAACAGAUUUUAACAGUUUAUGUAAAGAACAUUCCCUACCUGAAAGUUGUGGCAGAAACAUAUAGUGCCAGACUCAUAAACUUGGCUCAUUCUGCUGUGAUUCAUAAUAAAAUUGGAUUUGAUAUAAAAACAAAGGCUGGAUUAAUUAUCACACAUUCCUUUAAUAUUGUUCCAAACAAGUUUCGUAAAAAAUUGAAAUUCAAGGAUUGCCCUCCUUUGGAUCUUGUGAAAGAUUAUAAUGAAAAUGAUUAUUUCACUUUCAAUAACCAGAAAUUAGAUGUGUUGAGGAAUAUUGAUAACUUGGUAAUUAUAUAUGCCUCAGUACUCAGUGUAUAUUCUAAAGAGAAGCUGUUUGGGGUGAAAAUGAAUGGAGAAACUCUCAUAUGUUUGCUGUAUCAUAAUAUCAUGGAAUGUGCUAAAAGCCAAACCAGUAUUCCUCACAUAAUUGUGGAAAUCAGUAGGACACUAGCAAUGGUUAGUGCACAACUGAAACAUGUUCCAAGGGAAUUGAUUAAAUCAUUAUUCAUGGAAGGAAUAUCCUAUGUUUGGAACCACAUAGAACAUUUCGUUGAUACUGUUCGUAAUUAUGUUAGACUCUUUUUUGAUGAAUUGGUGGCACUAGCAGCUCACCAUAAGAACGAAGGUUACACAGACUUGGUGGACGCACUCUUAAUUAAUGUGAAGCAAUUAGAAAACAAUCAACCUACUAGGUACUUAGCAUUAGAAAUUAUGGCUGUACAUUUAAGAAGUCAAUACCUUCUUGAAAACUUCUCAAAUUUACCAGAUGACUUGUUAAAUUCAAUAUCAGAACCUACCAUCUCUGAUCAGGUUUGUAAAACAUACACAGUAAUUAUGGAAAAUAAUUUUGCUGAAAGUGAUAGAGCUGAAUGGAUCAACAAAUGGGUUUCUCCAGUUACAUCACUUCUUAAAAUAUGCUCUCACUGUACACCACUUGGCCAAAAAAUCAUAACAAGUGCUUUUCAAUUACACCCUCCUGUUUUGCGUGAUAUAUUCCCCAAUGACUAUGUAGGCAACACUCAAGAGUCCAGUGUUUUAUUGAAAUGUUUGCAGUAUGCUCGUCAAAAUGGCAUGGAAGUAACUGUUGAUAAAAAGGAAGAUACUGUUUUGUAUUGGAGAGGUCUCAUAGAUAAAGAAAAACUAGAAAUGUUCAUGACACAUCAGAAUGACGAAAUAAGAGUGUCCGUUUUAGCUGCUAUAGUGGAUAGUCAAAAAACCACGGAAAUUUUUCUGGACUGGGAAUUGGACUAUCUGAUCACUUACAUUGGCUACAAUAUAACUCCACACACACCUCACAUUCGUAAGCAAAUACUCACAUACUACAAAAAAGCUUUGGCAAGAUUUAAUGCUGGUUUAAAUGUCAUCAUUAGGAAUAUCGGUCUUCUCAACAGGAGAUUAGAGGCAACCGAAGGCACUCAAGAAGCUUUGACCAUACUCACUAUUUAUCAGGAACUUGAGAAGUCUUACAAGAUUUUCAUCAAUAAGUUCACAAAAUUACUCAUUUCAUAUUUGACUUUUGACUCAAAUUAUCCUAGAAGAGCCACAAGUCUAGAAUUACUGGUAACGAUUCAAACCUUCUUGCCGAAAAAUGAAUGGUUGAGUUGUUGGUCAGAGGAAGAUGUAAAAAAUUGCCAUAGUAUUUUGUUCGAUAGUUAUGAAUGCAAUAAAAAGAUGUCUGUGAUGUUACUGAAAAAUCUACCUGCCGAGUCCAUUGGAUUUACUAACAUGGAAUUCACAUUCAAAUACAUGCAGCGAUGCCUCAACAUUGCCCUGGGCAUCAAGCCGAAUAAAACGCUCUCUGCAGCUUAUUUGCUCGAAGUUUGCGCGUCUUCCCCAUUCUUCUAUGACAUUAUUCUGUUUGGAAACAGUGAAAUCGAUAAUCGACAUCUGCAUGAUCCGAUUCUUGAUAUGCUUGUAGUUCUCACUGGUAAAUUAAUUGCACAGUCUAACGUUGAAGUUGAUUAUUCUAACCCGAAAGUGGCAAACUAUGGAAUUUUUUUGAGCAUUAGGCACCUUUUGCAGAUUAGAGACAUGAGCAAAAGCAAUGAUGCCUACGCUGGUCUAUUUGAACAUUUAACGACAAUCUGUCUCAAUUUGAAGGACAGUAUUAUGCCCAUAGUUUGUAACCCUUCUCCAGAAGGGUACCUGCCCGAGUCAGGCGAAAUAAUUUGUGAAUCGGAUGAAUCAUCGAGGGCUCAGAUGGUUUUGGUGUAUUCUUGGAGGACAAUGAAAGAAAUGACUCUGAUGCUAGCAGAAAUCAUUAGACAGAGUAUAAAACUGGAGAGUUCUAUUCAGAUGCUUGCAGAUGACUUGAUGAUCCAAGUGGGUCAGUUUUUUUUAGACGUCUUCAUUGAGAGCAAGCAUAGAGGUGUAUUUGAACAAGCCUAUGUUGGAUUCUCAGUCAUAUGUGAGUCAUUCUGGAUGUCUUCCAACCCGAAAGUAAAUUGUCUUCCACAGGCCUGGCUUCAGGAUGCCAUAAAUUUAUGUGUAGGAGAGACACAAUCUGAUAAGUUAUGUGCCACAAGACGUAGUGCUGGUCUUCCAUUUCUUAUUUUAUCGAUCCUCAGUUCGGAACCAAUAUUUGAUAAGACAAGGUUUCACGAAGUUAUAACAUCAUUAUUAAGAGCAUGUGAAAACACUGAAGUAAGCAAUGUAGAAUAUAGAAUGCAUUCGUUGAAUGUUUUGAGAGCUAUGUUCCGUCACAGUCGAUUAGGAGAAAUGGUUUCUGGUUACAUUGGCCAAGGCGUAAUAGUUGCAAUAAAUGGUUUCAAAAGUGAUACUUGGGGGAUAAGAAAUUCAUCUACUCUUCUUUACGCUGCUCUUAUAACCAGAAUAUUUGGUGUUCAAAGAACACAAGAUUCGGAAGAUGUAUGCAUAAAAAAUAGAUUAACAGUGAGAAUUUUUUUCUUGAGGUACCCAGAGUUGUUUCAGUUUCUUCUGGAUCAGUUAUCAGAAGAAUGUAAAAAGAGUAAUAGUCUCCUUCUACAUCCAGUUUUAACGAUAUUAGCUAGAUUAUAUCCAUCGCCUUUUGAAGAGCACAAUACACAAAUCGGAAAAUACCUUCAGCAUUUAACAGUAUGUCUUUCGAACCCAGUUUACAGAACAAGAGAACUUGCUGCUAGGGCUUCAGUGCCAUUCAUUGAAACUGAUCAAGUAUGUGACCAACUUGGAAACAUAUUCAAUAAAUUGAAAGAAGAUGAAGUAAAAGAUAAUGAAUGCCAUGGACUUUUACUACAGGUGUUGCACAUUUUGAAAUCCAAUAAUUUGUCAGAAAUUCCCUUAACAAGAUAUCUUCAGAAUAGCGUUCACAUACUACAUUAUGCUGGAAGUAAAUACAGUCACAUGACAAUUUCUCUUUAUAUGGAAACUGUGAUGUUUUUCUUGAUGAAGUAUGGUACUUAUGACGAUCUUGAGAUGCUGAAAACAAUUUUGAACGUUAUCUCGAAUCAGAUGUCAUCGAAUCAAGUUCCAGUUACUGCGAUGAGCAAGUUUUGCCAAACAAGGAUAUUGCUACUUUUGUACAUUGUCAUAAAUAAGUUUGAAGAAAGUGACCUUACAUAUCCAACUGUCACCAAUCUAAUAAUAAGUCAAUUAUAUGGGCCCAACAUGGAGACAAAACGUUUUUGCUUGAAUCUAUUGAUUUACUUCAACCAAAUUCAAAAUGAUUAUAAGCAUGCAUUAUACCAAACCGAAGAAAUGCAGAUUCCACCAGAAAUAGUAAUUCUAUCGGACUGUUUCGAAAAAUCUUCCAUUCUGAAAAUUUUGACACAUCUUCAUCAGAAUCUGAAGUGUUUUCUUAUGCAAGAACUCAAAUAUCAACGGCAUAUAAAGAAGGAAGACCAAGUGUUGCUAUUUCUCUUAGUGAAUUAUUACCCAUGUGUGAUCAAAUAUUUUAACUUGAGCAAACAAGAAACAUUGAACACUUUAUUGCAUUACUGUGACUGUGAUAAUGAAGAGCUUAUUAGUGCUGUGCUUAGUUGUAUAAGUACUUUUUUGUUACAACUGGACUACAAUGUUCUGCAAUACAAUCGACUGAUACAUGUUCUAGCUGAAUCUGCAUCUCCAGCUGCAAGUAAUUAUAGAAGAUUAGCUGUCUGUGAUUUCCUCUCGAAAAACUAUAUUUUGUACUGCAACGAAGAUCCCAUUCUGCUUGGGGACGAUCUACAAAUGGUGUUUAGCAUUGUUAUGGUGUUACUAGAAGAUGAUGAACUCAUAGUGAGAAAUACAAUGAGUAAUUUUGCAACAGCAUUGAAAGUAAAGAUAGCUCUCAGUAGUAAUUCCAAACAAACAAUUUCUGGGCAGCGCUGGCCAAUAAUACCAGAGAAGGCAAGAGAAGAUUUGAUAUCUCUAUCUACGAUUAUAUUAGAGAAGGAUCGAGGGAUCUGUUUUUUGUUUUCGUGGGCUUGUCGCCACUUUCCUGACUCCUCGAAUAAUGACAGCUCUGAGGUGUUCGAACGGGGUGAGCUGAAUCUCUACGCAGAAAACGUCCCCUUCAUGGCAUUCUGUGGAAAUCUACUUCGUAGGUUCCUGUGGACUCUAGAUGACGGAUUGAAUUAUGAAGACAAAUCAAUAUUCAUAGAGGAGCAUACUUUACUAGUAACAACAGUUCUGUUAGAUGCACUCCAGAAACAUCCUUCUCCGAUGAUGUUAUACAAAACUAAAGUGUCUGUGAUAUGUGCUUUAAAGUCAACAGUUACGUUCUUAGAACGUUUUCAAAUCAAUCAUAAUUUUAUACACGAGUUUACGGUUUACUUGAAUGAAACGAUUUUAGGUUAUCUUACAAAACAUGUGGAACAUAGUGAUUUAUUCAGUGUGAAAUGGAUUAUUAGGAAUAUUUACGACCCUAUCUUGAGUUAUAAUUUAUAA